UCAUUGAUAGUUAUUCUUGCUUCAUACACUUCAGUUUAUUACAUUGGUCACUCUUAAUUACUUGCUACAUUUCUCUCCUCUUUGCACCUGAGAAUUUUUCAUUUAGGCAUGGAACUUAUUUUUAAGCACCAACUUGGCCUUGUUUGUGUCAUGCUACUCUUACCCGCACUGUGUAACUCACAGGAUUAUUUUACAGACUCCAGAGCAACAUAUUAUGGUAGCCCUGAUUGCUAUGGGAAUCCAAGGGGAGCUUGUGGCUUUGGAGAAUAUGGAAAAACUGUCAAUGAUGGCAGUGUUGCAGGCGUGUCUAGGCUAUGGAGGAAUGGAAGUGGCUGUGGUGCAUGCUAUCAGGUUAGGUGCAAAAUACCACAAUACUGUGAUGAAACUGGAGCAUACGUGGUGGUAACAGACUAUGGUGAGGGAGACAGAACAGAUUUCAUCAUGAGUCCACGUGGCUAUUCAAGAUUGGGACGCAACACAGUUGCAUCUGUAGAACUGUUCAAAUAUGGUGUAGUGGAUAUUGAAUACAAAAGGGUCCCCUGUAGAUACCUUGGUUAUAACAUCGUGUUUAAGGUCCAUGAAUACAGCAAAUUCCCUGACUAUUUUGCUGUCGUGAUUCUCUAUGUAGCUGGAACAUAUGACGUUGCUGCUGUUGAGAUGUGGCAGGAAUACUACAAACAAUGGACGCCUAUGCGCAGGGCCUUUGGGGCAGUGUUUGACUUUGCUUACCCACCACGUGGUGAAAUCAAGUUGAGGUUCCAAGUGCGUGGCAGUGCAGGGCUUUAUUGGGUGCAGUCCAAGAAUGAUAUCCCUAGUGAUUGGAAAGCUGGAGCUGCAUAUGACACUUUGGUUCAGCUUAAUUAGAAGGAACAAAACACUUAAAAGAGAUAUCAGGAACAGAUUUGAAAUAGAUAGACACUAGUAUUCAAUUUGUUUCUGAUUAGUGUCACUCGAAGAAUGUUAAGUGUGUCCUGCUUGGUGGAUGUUACUUGUUAGUGUAAUAGUGUUCUUGUCUUGCAGACUAAAAUAAUGGGCAUCCAUGUACUUUCCAUAUGAGAUUACAUGGAAUUUGAAUAAAAUAAAAUGUAGUACCCUUUCUCCUAUGUUGGCAUUUGGCUUCCAUUGUC